AUGCAGUCACGCUGUAUCGGUUUCCUUGCACUACUGCUGACCGUCGCCAGUGGUGAGCUAGUGCGGUACGAUAAUUACCAGCUUUUCCGUGUGUCGAUCGACACCAACGAACAGUUGCAAACGCUGCAACAAGCAGAGAUCCGUAGUGAUGGGUUCAUUUUCCUAGACUCACCCACGCAAGUUCGGAUGAACGUUAGCAUCCUGGUUCCGCCGCACAAGCUGCCAGAUUACUACCAUCUUGCAACGGUCGUGAACCUUAGCUUGCAGCCUACUACGACAAACUUUCAAGCGAUCCUUGACGCGGAAAACCCACCACGCAAGCAUCAACGCAGUGAAGCGUUCGAUUGGGAAGAGUAUCAAACGUUGGAGGCAAUUUACGAGUGGAUCGAUGGCUUAGCGUUGCAGUAUCCUUCCGAACUGACCGUCCAGAGUAUUGGCCAGUCGUACGAGGGCCGGGAUAUGAAGCUUGUGAAGCUUUCCUAUCAAUCGGGAAAUCCGGGCAUCUUCCUAGAGGCUAACAUUCACGCGCGUGAAUGGAUCACCUCGGCAACGGCCACGUGGUUGCUGAAUGAGCUGCUAACGUCGCAGGAUCCGGCUGUACGUGAGCUGGCCACGUCGUACGAUUGGUACAUUCUGCCCGUCGCCAACCCGGAUGGGUUCCACUACACCAAGUCUACUAACCGGUUGUGGCGAAAGAAUCGCUACCCUCACAACAUUCUCUGCCCGGGGGUGGAUCUAAAUCGCAACUUUCCGUACCACUGGAUGGAAGGUGGCGCAUCGCAGAUCACAUGCAACGACAUCUAUGCCGGACCGGAACCGGCUUCCGAGAUCGAAACCCGAAACACGAUCGAGUACUACGCAUCGAUCGUGGAUCGGAUCGAGCUGCAUUUGCAGUUUCACUCGUACGGUCAGUACAUUCUGCUGCCCUACGGGUACCAGGAUGCCGACUAUCCGGACAACUACGCGGAUCAGAUGGAAAUAGCGGAGGCUGCCGCUAUCGGGUUCGUUAGCCGAUACAACACGCGGUACACGUUUGGCACAAUUUCGGAUGUGUUAUAUGUCGAUUCUGGCUCUACGACCGAUUGGGCGCACGGUUAUCACAAAACACCCCUGUCGAUGUGCUUCGAGUUUCGUGAUAAUGGUCCGUACGGGUUCGUCCUACCUGCCGAUCAAAUAGUACCCAACGCCGAGGAGACUCUCGACGCUUUGAUAGCCAUGCUGGCAAAGGCCAAAACAAUGGGCUACUUCCAGCACUUCCCGGCGAAAAUCGCUAGCAGCGUCGAAGUUGUGAUCCCGCCGACUGAGACGAACAACGCGAUCCGGCUGUUCAGCAAACAUGGCAUUCGAUUCACGCUGCUUACCGACAACUUGCAACAAAUCAUCAACAAGGAGCGUCCUGCGCGCAGACGAAUGGAGGGCUUCGGUUGGGACGAUUAUCAUACGUUAGAGGAGAUUUACGAAUGGAUCGAUGGCAUGGUGGAACAGUACUCUGCCGUGCUGUCGGUGGACACGAUCGGACAGACGUAUGAAAACCGUGACAUGAAAGUGAUCAAACUUUCCUACAAAGCGGGCAACCAAGGGAUCUUCAUCGAUGCUAACAUUCAUGCCCGCGAAUGGAUCACGUCGGCCACUGUUACGUGGGUUCUCAAUGAGCUGCUCACUUCGGAAGAUCCUCGAGUGCGGUACAUCGCGGAGAACUACGAUUGGUACAUUGUCCCGGUCGCUAAUCCGGAUGGUUUUGCCUACACACACUCGACGGAACGUCUUUGGCGCAAAACGAGAACGCAACAUAAUCUGCUCUGUUAUGGAACCGAUCCCAAUCGCAAUUUUAACUUCCAGUGGAAUAACGGUGGAACCUCGACAACCCCUUGCUCGGAUACCUAUUCCGGUACCGCACCAGAGUCCGAAGUUGAAGUGAGCAAUUUAACCACUUUCGUGCAAUCGAUCGCCGCAAACGUUCGCCUGUCGCUGUCGAUUCAUUCACGCGGCCAGUACAUAUUGUGUCCGUUUGGGUACAAUAAUGCUCCUCGGGCAUUCAACCAUCAGGAUCUGAUACAGGUUGGCCAGCGCGCUGCGGUCGAUAUGUACAAGCUCUACAACAAGCCCUACCGCGUGGGAACUACGGCCGAAGUUCUCUAUAUUGCAUCGGGAAUUUCGGUAGAUUGGGCGCAUGCCGUUGCCGGCAUCCCGUUGUCCUAUACGUACGAGCUGCGCGAUCAGGGAGAAUUCGGAUUCAUACUGCCCGCUGAGCAAAUCGUCCCUAACGCCGAAGAGCUACUGGAGGGUUUCAUUGCCAUGAUUGAUGAGGCCAAGAUCCUCGGCUACAUGUAACGAUGCGAUCGGCGAUAAUAUGGUUGGGCGAAAUC